UGACGAUGGCUGGCACCUCAAGGCACGCUGUGUUGGCGGCGCAGUCACCAUGACGAGUCCCCUACAUCGUGCAUUCUCUCUCUCCAUCUUCCCUGUACAUACUACCUACAUAGCCGUCGUUGCCUGCGCUUGCUUCUCGCCCUCGCGUUGCUCUUUUCCUAGGCCCUAAGCAUCGAAUCCACUGUGCAGCACGGCCUGCGCAGCCUCUCUGCAGCACCACAUAGCCCCAGACAGCUCUUAUGCAAGUCGUGCCAGUUGAGACACGUCUAAGUGACCUGCGGUGACAGUGUGACGCCGCCUGCACUCCAAUCUCGCACCAUCAUCUGCACCACGACGGGACCCAGGCUGCAGCAAGAGUCGAGGUGCUCCACUCGCUCAGCACCCGGCCAGCUCCAUGAUCUCGUAGCAGCAUGGAGAAUAGUAGAGACACUGGCACCUAUGCCACUCGAAUCUCGAGUCCUCCUACAGCGCAGCAGCAUUACGAAUCGUUCCCCCAGAAGCGCAAUUCCUACCGUCGACCGGCAGACGCACGAUUGCAGCCCCAGGACCCCAACAUGGCCACGAGCAAUACUGCCCGGCCAGUCGCCACCCCUGCGUCGAAUGGUGUGUCUCGAGGCUCUUCGCAUAGACGGCGGCAGAACCAACAUAUCCCCCCAACCACCGGCGCACUGGUCGAACCGAUGCCCGCUGCGCCAGACGUCCCUCGAGCCCCGCCGACGUCCUUCAAAGACCCGUAUGCGCAGAGAUUGAGCUCCAAAGUACCCUCCCGCUCUUCACGCGAUCCUCCCAUCCAGAUCAACCCAAGCAGACAGCAACCAACCAUUCAGACGCCUGCUGGGAGGUUGUACGAGUUGCGGUCACCUCCGUACGCACCAGCCGAGCCUCUUUCAGGGUCCAUCGAACGUCGCGGGUCACAGCGAAAUCCCUCCGUCCCUGAUCGAUCGCCCUUGCAGAAGCUCGAGGGCAAGCUCGACGACAUCAGCAAAGAAGAGAGGCGGGCGCGCAUACUCGAAGCAGAGCUGGCCGCACAAGAACGGGUGGAAGCUGAGAUGCGUGCUCGACGGGCGCGUGACGCAGCUGAAAAGGAGAAGAGGCUGGCAACGCAGCCUGCACCGACCUUCGAACCGGUCCAGGACACCACUGAGCGAGCCUUGAGCAAUAAGCGCCACGUUUCACAACCGACCUACGAGAUGGUACCUGGCACCGUCCAGCGCACAGGGUCCAAUAAGCGCCAUGUUUCUGCGCCACUCUCCAGCCAUCCAAAGUCGCCUGAUAUCAGUGAUCUCGAAUCCGAAGAUGGCUAUGCCUACGAUCUCAGCGAGCCAUGGGACCCGUCUGCAGCACAAGCAGUGGCAGUUCCAGCUCCUCACCGUAUCCCUUCACAGAAGCAGCCACGCCUGACCUCGAUAUCGAAGGUACCUAACGCAGACCCCACCAUCGCCCGCAAUCCUAGCAUCAAGGGCAAGGAACCAGCUAUGGUUUCAAGAGGUGCUGGGAGCUUCAAGGAUCGUGCCGUUGUACCAACUGCUACAGCCGCGCCCGCUGUACAACAGAUCCAAAGGAAGCCAGUCGAGCACCCUAUUGGAAGUCUAACCCCGCUUUCUGGGCUUGGUUUAGAAGAUGCAGGUAUCGACGACACUCUGAGCGGAACCGAGGUCACUCGUUUCGACAGCAGGAGGUACUCAAAGAACUCUCCUCUAGUUCAGCAGCCGACUCGACAUGGAAGCCAAAGAGAUAGCAGAGGCAUCAUGGCUGCUCGGAUGGAGAUGCAGCAACAACAGAUCAAUCAGAAGGGCACUCCCCCAAGUAAUGGGCAGUUCCAAGUCCACCCUUACGAUUCUCCACUACCGCCGGUGGCGCGCAAGAGCGUUGGCUUUUCUGAUGUUGACUCUGAAAUACAUCCGCAAGACCCCCAUCACCUUGCACGCCACAAGGGUCAUGAGCGGACCCAUGUCAAAACGCCUAUGCUAGAAGAGUGGAGACAAGCACCGAUAGCUACCCUUGUUGCCGAAGACCUGGAUUUGAGUACUCCUGCACGAACGCCGGGUGGUUCGAACAAAGCCUGGUGGGAAGAAAGCCAAGCUGGCAAACGCCGGCGAUCAAGCACUCAUGUUGAGCCUACCUAUGAUGGUUACGCGGACGAGCCUACAUCUCAGACCAGCUUCAAUCCGCCCCUUUACUUGAAGUGUGGACCACUCUUGCGAUACACUGGUCUUCGAAGAGAUCAAAGUCGAGCCGGUAAAGAACGGGAGAUCUGGAGGGGCAGUGUCAUGAUUGUCACCACCGAUUCUGAAUCGUCAUACCAAAGACCACCCACCUUGCGUCUGUUCAAGCAGGCAAUGGAUAUCCUGCCUCUCCCACCACAAGAGCUCGAAGGCGAUGAGUCGAGCCCAGCAUAUGUUGAUCCUGUUGAGGGCCAGUUCAAGGUCUCGAGAACUGGACAGAUGAUGUACGUGAAAGCCGUGGACGAAAUUGCUGAGAACGAAGAUCUGUCACGAGUCGAAGAUGACACUGGCCUCUUCUCCUUCGCUCGCACCGGCAAUGGUGCGAGUGUCAAAUCAUCACGCAUUCACAAGAAGGAUGGUGAGAGGCUAGGAAAGGUGCGAGAAAUACCUGCUGUCCGCCUGCAUGCAGAACGAGGGGUCACGUUCUGGCGCUUCAACCUCGAGGUCGAACUUGGCAGCACACAAGCGCGCGUAGCCUACCGGAUCAAUAAAGGGCCUGCAAUCGGCUUUUGGGUGCCAGCAAAGGGUGAGACCAUGAACAUCAUGUUCCACAGCUGCAACGGCUUCUCUCUAAGUGUAAAUUCCAAGGACUUCUGUGGCCCGGACCCAAUGUGGCGAGACGUCCUGAACUCACACCAAAGUCGACCAUUCCAUGUCAUGCUCGGUGGUGGCGACCAGAUUUACAAUGACGCUGCCAUGAAGCAGACGACUUUGUUCAGACAAUGGACAGAGAAUAGAAACCCAUUGAACAAGCACCGCACCCCAUUCUCUGAGGAAAUGCAGAACGAACUGGAGCAGUUCUAUCUAGACCGGUACUCAAUGUGGUUUUCACAAGGUUUGUUCGGCAUGGCCAACUCUCAGAUUCCAAUGGUCAAUAUCUGGGAUGACCAUGACAUCAUCGACGGUUACGGAUCUUAUCCCCAUCACUUUAUGCAGACACCAGUCUUUACCGGCAUUGGCGCAGUGGCCUUCAAAUACUACAUGCUCUUCCAGCAUCAGUCAGUCCCGGCCGAGACCGAACAGACAGAGCCCUCGUGGGUGCUUGGCAAGAGUCCUGGACCUUAUAUCAGAGAGCGUUCGCGGAGCGUCUUUAUGCAUCUGGGGAGAGAGUUGGCCUUCCUUGGGCUAGACUGUCGGACGGAGCGACGACGUGACGAGAUCCUGACUGAAGACUCAUAUGACAUCGUUUUCGAUCGACUCGAGGACGAGAUUAUUAAAGGCCAGACCAAGCACUUGAUCGUCCUUCUGGGCGUACCUAUUGCGUACCCAAGGUUGAAUUUCCUUGAAAACAUUCUGACCAGCAGAAUGAUGGACCCUAUCAAGGCUCUGGGCCGAGCUGGUCUGCUUGGUGGCUUUGUUAACAAGUUCGACGGUGGAGCCGAGAUCCUCGACGAUCUCGAUGAUCAUUGGACUGCUAAGCACCACAAGGAGGAACGCAACUGGUUCAUCAAGGAGCUGCAGCACGUCGCACAGACCAAGUCUGUUCGCGUCACGAUUCUCGGAGGUGAUGUGCAUCUUGGUGCUGUUGGCCAGUUCUACUCCAACAAGAAGCUGAAGAUCCCGAAGGACAAGGAUGCGAGAUACAUGCCGAACGUAGUCUCAUCCGCUAUUGUCAACACGCCACCGCCAGACAUGAUGGCUGAUAUCCUCAACAAGCGCAACAAAGUGCACCACCUUGACGCCAACACUGAUGAAGAUAUGAUUCCGAUAUUCACACACGACGUAGACGGAAAGAAGAGGAACAAUAACCACCUUCUCCCUCACCGAAACUGGUGCAGUAUUCGUCAGUACAAGCCUGGGUCGUCGCCACCUGGUACACCUGAGCCAGAAGACAGACCGCAGCCCGCUAGGAGACUCUCGGAUACUUUCAAUCCGCGCCAGAUGGUCAGAAGAUUUAGCAGUGACCAAGGGCGACGCCCAAGCGUACGAGGACGCGGUCCACCUCUAUCGUACUACAACAACCCUCAAAAUGCCACUGCCGAUGAGCUGCAGUCCAACGUGCACAAUCAGCCUCAGUCGUCGUUCUCGCCAGACCGGUCCGAGAGCGAACGGCCCACUCGGUCUCGCCGCAACUCGUUGACUUCACUCUUCCGCCGCCGCGCUUCGGUCGACAGUGUAGACCGCCGCGACUCUACACAAAGUCUGCCGCCAACCCAAGCGCGCAAUGAUGCCUCCCUCGAGCGUCCUUUUGAGUUCAAACGCAGGCCCAGCGUUCUGACCAAGAAAGGAUUGCAACAGAACAAGAAGAGAGACUUCAUCAACCUUGAAGGCGGCCUGGAUAUUUCAUUGAAUAUGGAAGUCUCACAGCAUGAUCCGGCGGGCAUCACAACACCUUACCGCCUUUUGAUUCCUGCCCUCAAUUACACCACUCCCGAGCCUGGCAUGGUUGAGAAGCAUCCACGCAAAGGCAGUUUCCUCGGCAUCUUCGGUGGAGGCCGGCGCAAGAGGAGACCUAUCGGCGAUGAUGGCUACUCCCAGAGUGGUAGUGAGAGCGGCAGUGGUAGCGAUCUAGGAGAGAUGUCAGAAGAGGACGAGGAAGAGCGCGCUCGUCAAAGGUACAAAGUCGGACCCAGGAUUCUGAUCCCUGGCUUUGGAUCCCGCAAUAAGCGCGCCGCUCCUACGUCCCAAGCUCUUCCUGCUGGCAACCGUCUGAGCUCAGGCUUCCAUGCUAACGAGGCUGUCGCAGAUCCCGCAUACACAGACGGAGCCCGCGACGUCGCGGCAGGCAGCAGGCAAAGCGAAGACGUGGGUCCCGCAAUCUACGGCCGGCAAGGCUCAGCAUGGGAGUCUGUUAGCGGAAGAAGACACAGCAGCGCUCCUCAGCCUCAGCCUCAGUCUGUACCCCAGACUGCAGUGCUGCCGCCCGUGGGGUCUGGAUCCUUGCGGAAAACACCCACACACAACGCGUCACACAAGUCGCAGCUGCCUGACCCUCAGUCGCCUGAAGUGAACAGGCAUUCCAUGGGUGGCAUCCUGAAUCAGCACGGCAACGACAACUUCGAGCACGAUGCUCAUGUCCUCGCUCAUAUCCCAUCGGAAUCGAAACACGACACACAGAAACGCAAGUCCUACCCACCACACCCCGCCAUCGUAGGCGCUGGUCCAGACUCACCAUACAACUACCGUGGUGGCAUGCAAGCACGAGACGACACCGCAGGGGCCGACUACUUCAGCAGCGGGCCGCGACCCAGCAGCCAGUCCCGCCCUGUAUCCAAUGGCCACUAUGCACCUCCAGCGCCUCAGCGAGCAGCGCCCCCACCUUUACCUGCUCUACUGCCUGUACCUGCGCCCGAGAGAGCUAUCUACGUCGAACGAGGCGGAUACGAUCGCACGUCCUAUCCCGCGUACCCUAGCAGCAACCACAACGCCGGGGUGGGAGCGAGACAUCUCGGCAACGGACGGUAUGAGGAUGACGAAUAUGAUAGCCUCGAUGAAGACGAGAGGAGCUAUAGCGCAAGCGAGCAGGAGAUGAGCCAGGAGAGCUUUGUGCCGCCCAAGCCGAAGAAGAGAUGGCAGAUCUGGCGGUAGGUGGGAAGUAUAAUGGUUGGACAGCCAUGUUGGGAAAAUUUGGAUACUGCGAUUACGAUUGAUGAUGUUAUGACUUAUGAUGGAGGGCCAAGAGAGGAGAGGUAGUAUAUAUAAUAGUGCAGCACUGUAUUCAUUGUUAUUCUCUCGGCCC